GACUCAACCAUGUCUAUGACCGUCAAAGCCUAUCUCCUUGGGAAGGAGGACGCGCCGAAAGAAAUUCGUCGCAUUGCUGUCGACCAAGAUGUUUCAACGAGUUUUGAGUAUCUGAAAAAAAAGGUUGAGGAUGUUUUCUCAACCCUGCGAAAUGUCACCUACCAAAUGUAUUACAAAGAUGAAGACGGUGACAUGAUCGCCUUCUCCACUGAUGAUGAGCUCAUCAUGGGCCUCACCUGCAUCAAGGACUACACCUUCCGCCUCUUCAUCAAGGAGAAGAAGGAGCAUAGGCGUGAAUUCCCUGCUUUUGCCUUCCCCGGUGGUGUCCCCCCUUUCGCCUUCCCCCCUCCCCCUGGAACACCUCAUAUGGGACCUCCCCCACCUCACGGUUCCCACGGCCACCAUGGUCAUGGCCACCACGGUCACGGGCCCCCCAUGGUGCACCCCAAUGUGACCUGUGACGAAUGUGAGGGCUCAGUGGCGGGGACCCGCUUCAAGUGCACCGUGUGCCCUGACUAUGACCUGUGCUCCACGUGCCAAGCCAAGGGGCUUCACAAGGAGCACGUCCUCCUGCCCAUCUGGCACCCCUUCAACAACGCAUUUGAGUGGUUCCCUCGUGGGAAGUGGAUGAGGAAGAUGAGACACUGCACGUGGGGUCAGGCCCAAAACCAGGCCCAGCCUGGUCCCUCUGGGUCCCAGCCAAGCCAGGCAGCCGCAGGGGACAGACAGCCCUCUGAUGCCUCAUCUGCUGCCUCCCAGCAGUCCCAAGCCAAUAUGGAUUACCUGAAGAACAUUGGAGAAGGGGUGGCAGCCAUGCUUAGCCCACUGGGUAUCGAUGUGGAUAUUGAUGUGGAGUUGGAGGCAAAGAGGACCAAGGUGAUGACCCCCAAUCUGACCCCACCUGGGUCAGGAGGCCCCCCCAGUGCUAGGAGCAAUAAUGGGACGGGGGGGUCCAAGGGAGAUGGGACUAAAGACGGGGACAUGGAGGUGGACGGGCUUAGCAGCCUAGGAAGCGCGAGUGAUUUAGCUACGGGUGGUAAAGAUGCAGGGGGCAGUGGUGACGAUGAGUGGACCCACCUGACCUCCAAGGAGGUGGAUCCCUCUACAGGGGAGCUCCAGUCUCUCAGGGUAGGCGAGGAGGGCUCUCUGGAAGCCCCAGGGUCCCCUACUGUCCCCCAGGGUCCCUCACAGGAACCACAGAAGUCCCUCACUCUCGCUGAGGCCGCAGCCUACCCCUACCUUCCUCAAGAUGCCGACCCACGCCUGGUGGAGUCCCUGUCCCAGAUGCUGGCCAUGGGCUUCACAGAUGAGGGGGGCUGGCUCACCCGCCUCCUCCACACUAAGGACUGUGACGUCGGGGCCGCCCUGGACACCAUCCACUACUCCAAACCCGCCAAGAAGUAACGGGGCCCCAACACAGUACCCUGAGGGACACCUACAUCCCCCUAUGAUAGCCACUUCACCAAUACUGCCUUCUCUUCCGUCCCUCUCAUUCACACCUCUGGCACUUGCAGUUACUCACACAAUAAGUCUUUAGAUCUGAGAAGAAUUAUUGCGAUUUUAAAUGUUAUGGUUGUACUGACAUUGAAGUACAGUAUAAAGGGUUUAUUAGUCAAUAUUUAUCUAAAUGGAAAUUGAUAUUUCUAUAACCUUUGUUAAACUCUUUUCAAUGGGAUGUAAUUUAACUGAAAGUGUGAGCUAACAUACAUGGGUUCAUGUUAAAUUGGAUUGAUAAAAACAGUUAAGAUUAACUAACAUAUAUCAUUUCAGUGUUCACUCAAUAGCAAGUAUUAUCUAUUGAGUUUGAUUAAUCAAGUAACUGUUCUAACACGUAUCAUGUAGAGUUAAUACCAGAAGUAAUAUAUGUUCAUUACCAGUGUCAACAGAAUAAGGUGAAAGGUGUGAAUAAUGAUUGUCUAACAUUGAAAACAUUUCUCCCGUUUCAAAACCAAAUAAAAUACUUCUGCAAAGAAA